UCUCUCACUCAAACCAUGUUUCACUUCAGGUGUGAGGGAGAUGCACUGUUUGUUAACGUUGCUUAUGGACCCACACGAAAUGUUUGCUGUCAACACCCGUCGAAAACAUCGCACAGCACAUUUUCUUUCGUAUUUCUGUUAAACCAUUCUCUUUCAUUAGUAACCGUGGUUAGCAGUUCCACGGCAAAUUCCAAGAGUUCGCUUCUGUGUAGACGUUUUACGGCAAGCCUCUCCAACCGCUUGCUUCGAAGACCGGAAGUCCAGUCAGCAGCAGCAGCAGGAAGUUACUCGCAGCUCCGGUUCUACAACCAGCAGGUUCCCGCACCAGACAACCCCGAGGGCAGCGACGACUUCGACAUACUUUCUCAACGACGCUCACAACAACAACAACCAACAGAUUCACAACACAUCAACAACAGCAAGAACCCUUACAGUAACAAUCAGCAACAGAAGAUGCAGUUCGACAGGGCUCCGCGAUUCGAACGUGACGACUACAAGAAGGACUCGUACCGUGGCGUGAAGCGCACGGGCACGGAAUUCAAGCGUCCGGCGGGACGCGAUGGUGACCGCAAUGGAGGCGGUGGUGGAUUCCGCAGCGGAGGUGGAGGCGGCGGAGGAGGCCGCUUUGGGGGCGGAGGACGUGACGGAGGCGGUGGCCGCGACAAGUGGUCCAUGGACGGCAAGCAGCUGCAGAAGAUCAACUGGAGCAAGAUGGAGCUGGUACCGUUCAAGAAGGACUUUUACCGCGAACAUCCGGCCAUCAAGAACCGCUCGUCCCGCGACGUGGACCGGUUCCUGGAAAAACACGACAUUACGCUGAUUGGGCAGUGCCCGCGACCGAUUACGGAGUUUGACGAGAUCGAGAUGCCGGACUACGUGCUGAGCGAGAUCGAGCGCCAGGGCUACCAGAGACCGACGCCGAUUCAGGCCCAGGGAUGGCCGAUUGCGUUGAGUGGGUUGAACAUGGUCGGCGUGGCGAAGACCGGAUCGGGCAAGACGCUCGGCUACAUGCUGCCAGCGAUUGUGCACAUCAACCACCAGAAACCGGACCCGAACAUCCGCGGACCGUUGGUGCUGGUGCUGGCCCCGACCCGUGAGUUGGCCCAGCAGAUCCAGCAGGUCGCCACCGAGUUUGGCUCGUCGUCGUACAUCCGCAACACGUGCCUGUUCGGCGGCUCCAGCAAGGGACCUCAGGCGUCGGAUCUGCGCCGUGGCGUUGAGAUCGUCAUCGCUACACCCGGUCGGUUGAUCGAUUUCCUGGAGAGUGGAACCACCACGCUGCAGCGCGUGACCUACCUGGUGCUGGACGAGGCCGACCGCAUGUUGGACAUGGGUUUCGAGCCCCAGAUCCGCAAGAUCCUGGAGCAGGUGCGUCCCGAUCGUCAGAUUCUGAUGUGGAGUGCGACCUGGCCGAAGGAGGUGCAGCGGUUGGCCCGCGACUAUCUGGGCGAGUACGUGCAGAUCAACGUCGGCUCGCUGGAGCUGUCCGCCAACCACAACAUCACCCAGUACGUGAAGGUCAUCGAGGAGCACGAAAAGAAUGAACAACUCGGUAAACUGCUCGACAACCUGCAGUCGCGCGGCAACCCCGGCAAGAUCCUGAUCUUUACCACGACGAAGCGCAAGUGCGACCAAAUCUCGACUUACCUACGCCGCUUCGGCCAGGACUCGGUCGGCAUGCACGGCGACAAGAGCCAGCAGGAGCGCGAGCGCGCCCUGAACCGGUUCCGCACCUCCAACAGCUGCAUCCUGGUCGCGACGGACGUGGCCGCGCGUGGACUCGACGUCGACGGAAUCAAGGUGGUCAUCAACUACGACUACCCGCAGCAGACGGAGGACUAUGUGCACCGUAUCGGCCGUACCGGGCGGUCCAACGCGACCGGUGAGGCGUACACGUUCUUCACCUCGAACGAGCGCAAAAUGGCCAAGGAGCUGGUGUCGAUUCUGGAGGAGGCCAAACAGGAAGUGCCCCCAGAGCUGCUCAAGUGGCGUCACAUGGGCGGUGGCGGAAUCAACCGGUACGGCAGCGGCGGCGGUGGCGGAAACCGCUUCGGAACGUUCAAGGGCGGACGCGGCGGAGACUUUGGCCGAGGAGGCGGCGGCGGCGGCGGCAGUUACGGAGGCGGUGCGAAGCGACCGUUCGGAGGCUCGUCCGGCGGUUCAAGCUACGGAGGCUCAUCUUCUUACGGUGGCGGCAGCAGCAGCAGUAGUGGAUAUCGGAACGGAAGCUCCGGUGGAGGUGGCGGCGGCGGCAUGAAGCACAUAAAGUUUGACGACUAAAUGUGCCGAAUGGGUCCGUCUCUUAUCUCUACUAGGUUUAGUUUCAAUGUCUUAUCUCUUACGAUUCCUUAGAUAUUCUAUUUAAUUUAUACCAACCAAUCAGCGGAGGAGUAUUGUUUUUAGCCUUUUUUACUGCAAGUUUGUGCGAUAGAGUGCUUGCUUGCAGAGCAAACCGUUCAGUAGUAUUCGUUUUGAAUAGUUUUUUUUUUGUUUGUUUUACUACAAAAAUCCUCUUAACAAGCACUCCCGUAGGCACUGGCGCCCACCCACACAAACACUACUAGUACACCGUUUAGAUGCGUAGGGACAAAAAGGAAAAAAAAGGUUGGAACGUCGUUUUCCCUCCGAGAUCGAUCGCGAAUAGUUUAUUUUUAGGAGAGAAGUAGGAAGAACGCUGCACCCAUCGCCGGGAAGAAGAAGAAGAUAACCCUACUACUUGCUGUGAUAUCGCAUUCAGUCGUGUAUCACAAUUUGAAAA